UCACAUGAGCACAGAUGAGUGUGUCGGACUCUCACCCACAGCUCACAAGCUCCUGACAAACUCCAGACAACUCGGUCCCUGUUGGGUUCACUGAAACCAAUGAUGAAGACACUUUUCUUCUUCUGAUAAAACUCACAUUCACCUUGUGGAGGCAUGCCUCACUCCAGGUGCACAGCAGGAAGUUGUUUUGUACAAGUUCUUCGUUCAGGAGUUUCCUCUUUCCCUGGAUGCCACAUGCACCACGUUGCAGUUUCCGCCCUUCAAUGAACAAAUCGGAUUCGUGUCCAGACCAACGACAUAGCAGUAGAAGUAAUAAUCCUCCAAGAUGGCAGUCACUUCGGUCUAUGUUAGAGAGGAACCAGAAGCCUGCUUAACUAAAGUGGACAUCUGCACGCUUGAGAUUGAUAUGAAGUAUGAACUCAUCCCAGGCAUCGUCUGCUCUCUUUGCUUUUCACUCGGCUUCAUCUACUGCUUUUUCGGAUACCGCUGCUUCAAGAUGGUCAUGUUCUUUUCUGGCUUCAUGUUUGGCACGGCAGCCAUGCUCCUGUUGAACCACAAGGAGCCUGAGUUGAACGUCCAGCUGGGGACGGAGACCAAGGCGGGGAUUGGCCUGGGCCUCGGUGUGCUCUGCGGGCUGACGACAUUGCUGGUGUCAACGAUGGGACUCCUGCUCAGCGGCUUACAGCUGGGCACCGUGCUCUCCCUCGCCAUCCUGGUGGUCAUCAGACAGUUUCACAGCCUUACCCCCGUGUGGGUGCCUCUCAGUGCCGUACUGGCUGCCAGCAUCAUCACUGCUGUCUUCACACUAAAGUGGCAGAAACUGUUCAGCAUCGUCUACACAUCUGUGUUUGGAGCGAUCGCUGUGAUGCUGUGCAUGGAUUACCUGAUGGGGGCGUUUGUUUUGCCAGGUCAGGUGUAUGAUAUCCUUUGUCAAGUGGCCCCACGUCCACUGUGCUGGUUUAACUGGACAAUCACUGGGAUCUGCCCUCUUUUGAGUUUCAUAGGCAUAUUAGUGCAGUGGAGGUUUACUGCCAAAGGAGUAUCACACAGAGAAGCUGCACACAAAAAAAAGAAGAAACAUGCCAAGAAGCACAGGUACAGAGAGCCCAGGGGAAGACCUCAACCACACCGUCAGCGCAGGCCUCCACCCCUGAAACGCUACGCCGGAGACGUCCUGGCACCGAGUUAUCUCCAGAGCCUUCAGGAGCGCCAGAUGGGAACAGGCUCCUCCACCAGCAGCGUCAGCACUAUCACACAUACUCUAAUUGACUUUGACUUUGAGACGGGCUCCAUGGUGCCUCUGACUGCUGCCUCCCCUGUUUUUACCGUCUGAAAGAGACACAGCCUGAAAGUUUUGUAAACCACACACACACACACAAAAGGAAUCCAUUUCAUUACUCUGAAACCGUUCACUUCCACCGAAACAGUUCCACCAUUUCGACUGCUGCCGUGAAUCCACUUUAACCGGCUUUCUCAAUUAAUCAUCAACAUGCACACUGUGUGAGUUGAGAUGCUUGGAGAUCAUCCUCUGAAUGAUGACAAGACAAAAUAACUCAUGAUCACAACGGUUUAUCUCACAGAUGCUUUGUGUUUCACUGUUGUGCUGUUUUAUUCCACACAGUCAACAACCAAAUACUCUCCCAUUCCCCUGGAAACUGUUCAUGCCAUUGGACACAAACGUAGACUUGAAAUGUGUCUCUAUAUUAAUUUGGGUUGAAGUUUUGAAGUUCAAGUAUCGUGGUUUAUAAGCAAUGAAUUCAUAGCAGCACAUGCAAUAAAACUGAGGAUAUACAUCAGGAAAAUUGGGAACAUUGGACAAUAAACCAAUAAACCAUUGAUUU